UGGUUGGGUCCCUCGCCAGGCUUAGCUGGUUCUGGGCACUGGACAGUCCGAGAAUGUGUACCAUGCUGGCCCCUCUUCGCCGCGCGGUGGUUGUCUGUUCGGGGCCACAAUGCGUGUUCCGACCAAGAAGGCAUUAUUUUCCAUCCGUAGCCAUUUUGGCUCAAGCUCGAGCCUUUCUGGCCUCAAGCUCGUCGUCAAGAACGGCUUCCUCGAGGUGGUGGACGUGAGACCCGGCCUCGCGCGCGCCCGCAGUGAUGGGGACCUCUUCCAGCCCUCGGGCCGCUGUCCUGCCGCCCGCGCGGGCGACGCGGCCCCGCUCGCGCCCUGCCUCGCCUCGCCCCUCAGCACCUCGAGGACGGUGUCGACGUCGAUGCAGGACAGCCACAGUUCGGUCGGUGGCCCCGCCCGCGCGGACGAGGACCGCGAGCGCGUGGUGGAGGGUUGGCCGGAGGCUCCGAGUGACGCCGCGCACGCACUGGCGAGCGCGCCGUCCGUCAGUUCGAUCGGCACCCAGACCGACGAGCACGUGGAUGACAUCAUGUGUCCGACGUGUGGUUCUGUAGGCGUGCUUCAUGGCUGCGGGCACUGGCAGUGCACUACGCUGACGUGCCGACCGACCUGGUAUCAGCGACUGGAGGCUAGGAAAUGGCUGGUCCCACGGGCGCCCACGCGAGUGCUCGACGAGCAGCUCUUCAAGACUCGUCAGCUUUGUUCAGACUGCUGCCCAGAGGGCCGUUGCAUCAAGGGGGCUUGCCCUCGGUACUGUAACUUUGUCUGCAGAAGGGGCACGUGCAAGUUUGGUGCAAAAUGUUCCUUCUGUCACCUGCACGGGCGCUGCGACGCCAGUGGGAAAUUCAAAGGCGAGAUCAAACGUGCAGCAGAUGUUCCACCACCACCGAGCAUCAAUUAAGCCGAUUCCCCACACGGGUGUUGCACACAAGCCUGGCACGGUGGUACACCUGGUUUUCAGUGCGCGUAACAGCCUUUGUAGCCUCGCCCAGAGUGUGUCCUGACGCCAAAGUACGAGAAUGCAGGUGAUGUCUUGUAUGAUGAGGCUUGGAUAAGAAACCCAGCAAGUUUGAUCCGUGAGGCAGAUUGCAGCAGUAUGCUAUAGGGUAGUUGCCACGAGGGGCCUGGAGGGCGUCUCCACUCGCAAUUCCCACGCCGAGCUUGGCUGCACAUGGCAAGUUUCCUGCGCACAAGUUGCCCGUAUCCUCCUCUCCUUUGUCCCUUGUUGGUCAUAGUUAAAUUCCUGUUAUUUGUGUGUUUUUGUUUGUGUGUCCUUGGGCCCCUUGAAAUACGCUCGCUGGGACAGCGCUACCAGAGCACAUCACUAGUCUCGCUGCGUGGGCGUUUGGUUUCUUCUUGCCGUCAGCCUGGACUACUCAUGUGCUCGCUGCUCUAGCCGCUUGCUACGGCAGAAAGUCGGCGAAGAGACGCUGGAGACGUCAGUAUUGCAGUGGCGCAGUCUCCUCCCCUUUCUUCUCAUUAUCCCUUUUCCAUGUGCUUCCACCGCCUUGCAGCGAUUUUUCGGACUAGGUGUCUUCACCCUCAAUUCGAUCACGCCCACUUCCGCGUCCGUGUGUUAAUUUCUGUCCCACCUACGGUCUGACAUAGGACCGGGUGGCAUCCAAGGAGCUCCCGCAAGCCAAGCUUGACCCCGGAAACGUUUAGUGCAAUGCCAGACGUUAUCUGCCUUGUGGGAGAGAGCUUGCCCCUCUUGGCAGUUGUGGCAAACGGGCCGCAAUUUGUCCUUGAGCUUACGCAACACGCUUUUUGUAGAUACCUUUUUUGACGCUGUCAAUAUGUGGGUAUCCAUGGGCUGUCAGAGCCUAGAAACAUGCACACAUGCACGCACAACUUCAUCUUUCUCUCACCGAUCAUCCCUUCCUCUCGCUAUCCUACAACUGCCAUUAUGUACCCCAUUUGAGUUUUGACACCUGCUUGCCCUGCGUGUUUGUUUGUUGCUUCGUUGUUGCCCUGCGUGCGCACGCUUUGCCAAAGUAACCAGACAACUGUAGCAGUGGACGGAUGCCUCUGUCGUAAGACUUCAUUAUCAACGUCGCUGUUUCAGUUGGCACGCCCUGGGAGGCGCUGCCUCAGCCUUCCCCGCCUCUGGGUGCAAAAUUAGUGCACGACCCUUGGUCUGGCCAGGGAGGCAUGCUGAACGCAACACGCGUGGUACGUUUUUCGCUCACCUGGGCCUAAUCCGUGGAGUCGCCCGCCUUUCUUUUUGGCUUCGGAGGGGGAGGGG